UAUUUAGAUAUCCAACCAUUUGUAUAGAUGUUUAACCUUUUAUUUUUUUUCGUUGAGUGUUUAACUUUCCACUUCACAGGCUUACCAACUCCAUUUUGCUACUGCAACUACUUUCAAGUUUCAACACACUGGAAUUUCUCUCUAACCUCUGAACAAUCACAUACAAAUAUACAAUUGUAGUAAGUGUAGUUUGGAUUUUCUAAUUAAUAAAACUCCAAAAGUUCCUUUUUUUUUUUCUGGGGGGUCAAAUUUUGAUCUGAUGAAAGAUGAAAAAAGCUGCUGCAUCAUCCACAUAUUCAGCUUCAAGUAGGGUGCUUUACUCUUUCUGGCUAAGUUCUUGUGCUUGGCGUGUUCGUUUUGCUUUAAACAUGAAAGGACUUCAGUACGAGUAUAAAUCAGUUGAUCUUUUCAAAGGGGAACAAUUUCAUCCAGAAUUUGAACAGAUCAACCCGCUUCGUUACGUUCCAGUUCUUGUUGAUGACGGGGUUGUGGUUUCUGACUCGCUGGCUAUCCUCAUGUAUCUAGAAGAUAGAUAUCCUGAAAAUCCACUUUUGCGAGCUGAUCCUUGCAGACGAGCGCUCAAUCUUCAGGCUGCAAGUAUCGUCAGUUGCAGCAUGCAGUCACUUCAUAUGAGAUCAGUGCUGUUGGGAAAUUGUUUUCCUCCACAGGAGUUUAUUGAGAAUAAACUUGGUCAAGAGGAGCGUACAACAUGGGCUCAAAUGAUUAUCGAUAAGGGUUUCUCUGCUCUGGAAAAGUUGCUCAAAGAUUAUGCUGGCAGAUAUUCUACCGGAGAUGAAGUAUCUAUGGCAGAUGUAUUUCUGGCACCACAAAUUUCUGCUGCAGUGAGCAGAUUUAACACCGAUAUGUCGAAAUAUCCUACCUUACAGAGGGUGUAUGAAGCAUGCGAAGUGUUGCCUGAAUUCCAAGCCUCUAUUCCUGAGAGGCAACCGGAUGCAGUCAAUGCAGAAAGAGAUUGGUUCAGCCGUUAGUCUACUUUGCUGUCCGGCGAAGGGUCUGAUUCUGAAAAGCAGAUACUGUAGUCUAGUAUGGAAAGUGAUGAUGGAAUGUGGUAUCUGUAAUUUGCAAUUAUGCAAUGGCUAGUGAAGUAUUCAUAUGGUGUUGACUGUUGAUAUUUAAAAUUUAAGGCCUACUGGAGCUUAAAAAUUAUGUUAUAAAAGUCUCGAAGCGGAUAUUGUACAUAAUAAGU